AUGGUCACCUCUACAAAGACUAACCGGAUGAGUACACCGAAGAAGGCAGCCGCAGUUUCAAGCUUCAAUAAGAAACCUGCCAAGCCCAAUGCCAGCAUCCUGAGCUUCUUCCAGAAGACGGCGAAACCGGAAGAUUCGCUCUUUGUUGGCGCGGUACCUGCGGAAACGGCCGACAAGGAUGACUUAUAUGGCCGUGACGAUGGAAAUCGGUUCAAUGAGGUUGAAGCUCCGAAUAAGAAGAGGAGGACGCCCUUUGUCAUGGAUUCUGAUAGCGAAGAUGACGAUGUUGACGACAACGACAACGACAAUUCCAAGCCGGUCACACCGCCGCAAACCAAGGAUGCCAACACUACUGCUCCAUCACCUCCAUCUGCUCAACCGGAACCAUCCAGUGAGACCGCGGAAGCCCAGGAAGCCAAUGUCAAGUAUGAACCGCCGCCGCUGCUCGAGCAAGAAACCUCGACCGAUAUUCAAUUUAACCAACUGGGGGACUUCGCUGACUUGGACGAUUUCGAAAUAGACGAGUUUGAAGGUGAAGAGAUGCGGGAAAUGCGCUUCAUGCGAGAGCAGGCCCGGCUUGAAGCCCAAGAGGCCGGAGUUCCUGGUGACGACCUCGACGACCUUUUGGAUAACCAUGCCAUGGUAGAAAACUGCCCACUUUGUGGCGGCAGCUUGCUCGGCAUAUCUCCAGACGAAGCCACGCGACAUGUCAAUUCAUGCCUCGAUGGCAAUCCCAUUCCGUUGCCUACGAAAGAAGACGCCGCGCCAAAGGAUGUUGAUCAAGUGGAGGCCGUGGAAAUUAGCAAAAGAUUUGCUCGAGCUGCCGUACCUAGACCUGGUCAGGCAAAUCCUUUUGAGAUGAAUACUGAGAAAACGACCAAGAGUGCUUUUUCUAAGCUAAUGUCUGGAAAUGCGGAAGAUUCGGCUUGGGCUACAGCGGCCGCGGCAGAAACUGCGUCUCGGGGCCGGCCUGCAUACGAACGGACAUGUCCAUUUUAUAAAAUCAUGCCGGGAUUCUCAAUAUGCGUCGACGCAUUCCGCUACGGCGCUGUCGAAGGAUGCCAGGCUUACUUCUUGAGUCACUUCCACAGCGACCAUUACAUCGGCCUUACCGCAAACUGGCGACACGGCCCAAUCUAUUGCAGCAAGGUAACCGGCAGCUUGGUCAAACAACAGCUCCGAACUGCGGCCAAAUGGGUUGUUGAACUGGAAUUUGAGAAACCCUACGACGUUCCCGGGACUGAGGGCGCAACCGUUACCAUGAUGCCUGCCAAUCAUUGUCCCGGGAGCUCUCUAUUUCUCUUCCAAAAAUCGUUUGGCAAUGGGCCAAACAAGCGAGCAAAGCGAAUAUUGCAUUGCGGCGAUUUUCGAGCUUGCCCAGAGCACGUACAGCAUCCCUUACUCAGACCCGAUGUAAUAGAUUCAAUAUCGGGUAAAUCAAGACAGCAGCGGAUUGACAUUUGCUAUCUCGAUACAACGUAUUUAAACCCACGAUACUCUUUCCCUCCUCAGGGAGACGUCAUCCAAGCCUGUGCGGACCUGUGCGGAUCCAUGUCGGCUGAUCCCAACUGCGCUGAUGAUGUCUGGCAGAGCGACAAACCUUCGGAAGAUGAUACUAAAUCAAAGGCAAAGUCUAGACCUAAACAGCGCCUCCUGGUGAUAUGCGGUACUUAUUCCAUCGGCAAGGAGAGGAUUUGCGUUGCCAUAGCCAAAGCCCUUGGCUCCAAGAUUUUCGCAUCCCCGGGGAAAAUAAAGAUAUGCAAGCAGCUCGAUGAUCCAGAAUUGACCUCGCUGCUGACGUCUGAUCCUGUCGAAGCCCAAGUCCAUAUGCAAAUGCUCAUGGAGAUUCGCGCAGAAACGCUGCAAGAGUAUCUGGACAGCUACAGACCGCAUUUCAGCCGCAUUGUUGGCUUUCGCCCCAGCGGCUGGAACUUCCGGCCUGGAAACGGCAAGGCCAUCGGGGCGAAUACACCGCCGAGUAGCAUAUCAACUCAGCAGCUUCUUCAUGGGAAAGGGUGGCGGACAAGAUUCGGGGUGAAAGACCUUGUGGCUCAGAGGGGUAGCACGAAGGAGGCCAUGUGCUUUGGCGUUCCCUAUUCCGAGCAUAGCAGCUUUCGUGAGCUGGCCAUGUUUGUCAUGAGUUUACGCAUCGAUAAAGUUAUACCUACUGUCAACGUUGGCAGCGAUCAGUCGAGAAAGAGGAUGAAGGGUUGGAUAGAUAGAUGGAUGACUGAGAGGAGAAAGGGAGGAUUAGUUAGACCGUUGAUUGAGGGAGAAGAUGACGAGCAUAAAAACGAUUCCCAGCUGUGGCAAGGCAAAGCUGGCGAAGGAGGUGGAGCUUGGUGGUAA